CCCAGCUGCUCUCAAACACCCGAGCAACAUCUGGGGAACCUGCCGCCCCGGGAACCCACAGCUCCGGCGCAAUGCAGUGGAAACGACUGGUGGUCCUCAGCUGCGCCGCCACCGGUGUCCUGCUGGCGGUUCUGAGCCAGGCGGAGGGAGCGGCGGUCCGUGCGGACGGAGGCGGCGAGCCCCAGGACUCUGAAAGCAGCAAAAGACGCGUCUUCAUGUCCGAGGAGAACGCGUCCACCUUCCUGAAACGGAGAACCAGGCGAUCCACCAGGGCUGAACUGGCGGCUGAACACCGACAGAGGCUUGCUGCUGACGAACGGAGGAAGGAAUAUCACGAGGAGCAGUUGUAUGAGUGGGAAAACUACGUGGAGGAGGAGCAAGAUGAACAAUACGAAAGGAAUCGCGAAAGGGUUGAAUCGUGGCGUCAAUGGCAUUAUGAUGGCCUUUACCCAUCGUAUCAAUACAACCGUUACAUUUAUUAAAAGAAAGUCACAAGCUGGUUCCUCAGAGUGAAGGUGCAUGUUAAUGGUUUAAGCAAAGUGUUGUACCUCUAAUAGAGACGUGUUUUAUAGUAAAGUAGCAGAGAGAUCAAACUAUAUUUUAGGUUUAAUGUAAUGGCUUCUAGGGGGCAUACACAGCUUUGGUAAAUACAGUAUCUUUCCAUUUUUAAUAAAUUUAGAAAUUCUAAUUUUAUUAAUAAAGUCAAUGUUUUGUGAAGAAAUAUAAUAACGUUGCAAGUGACAGUCUUCCAUGAAUAAUACCAGCCUACAAAGAAACAGCCAAUGUCAGCCUAUUAAAAUCCUUUCCCUUAGGUUAGAUUUAAACUAAAUCCAUUUUAAAGUCUGUAACACGCUUGAAACACUGCCAUUUUCUCUUGAAAUAGUCGUGCUGUUUAAUUUCCUUUUUACUAUAUUACUUUUCUUUGUAUUAAUAAACCUGUACCACAACUGCAUGUAGAAUAUAAAAAUCUAACAGAAUAAAUAUUAACCCCAAUGUUUCUUGUUGGUUUUGACUUUGUCAGAAGUUUAACAUGAAUUAUUAACUCAUUGCAUCAAGCACCACAACUGAUGCUGGCACUCAGCACUAGUGUGCUUUUUUAAAUAUAAAGCUAACUAAAGUGAUAAUUAAACAUG